AUGGCAUAUAAUAAUAAUAAGGAAUUACCAAAAUCAAUUUAUAUGAUUAUUGAAGAUGAUAGUUUUGGGAAAGAUGCUGAAAAGCUUCUUGUAACAUUGGAUAGAUUUAUUACCAGUAUAUUGUUAUUCGAGUCUGAUACACCACGACUGGCACAAUUUUAUUUCUGGUAUCAUGAGCAACUAGAAUACUAUA